AACUCUGAACUGCAGCUAAACUAAUAACAGAAUAACAGCCCCUACAGGUGUGAAUCGAUUUGAACUUCUGCUAUAAAAUCCCAGAGAGUCUCCCUCCACGCUAUGAUCGAAGACAAGAGAAGAUAAUUAAAGCCAAGCAAAGCCAUCACCCAAUUCAGUUAUGAAAAAAAGAUUGACGUCCCACAAAGACUAUUCUUGAAACAAAAUUCGUGGAAUCCGAAAGAUUUAUGUUUUUAUUAAAACCAUAUCAGACACUAUUAAAGUCAAAGUAAUUCAACUGUAAUAAUAAUCUUGAAAACACACUUAAAAUCGAAAUUUAUUUUUGAUCAGGCAGCUUGUAGGGUACUUAAUUUGACAUUGGGUCCUUCGGUCGACAUUGAAGAUGGCGGCGCCCAUAUGGAUGUCUUCUGUCCUCCGGAUAACUCUAAGAGGUCCAGGCCUGGUUCUGGCAGGUGGGGGGCGCCAUCUCUCUCACCUGUCCAGGCCCCUUGCGACCUCCUGGGCCCUUACCCCAAACGUGACCGCGACCACGACAUUGUUCCCAACGCAGCAGGUCCGACACGGCAGCUUCUUCAACAAAUUGACAGCGGACGAGCUGUGGAGGGGCGUUCUGGCUGAGACCGGUGCCGGUGCUCGGAAAGGCAGAGGGAAAAGGACGAAAAGGAAGGUGAAGAAAGACCUCAACAGAGGCCAGCGCUUUGGGGAAGGUAUGCUGACCACCGACUCAACCCUAACCCCUGCCAACACUACCACACCUCAACUCAACAUCAACCCAGCCACACGCCGAAACCACAGCUCCAACCCAAUCACACCCCUAAACCUCAACCCCAACCCAACCUGCAAGAGGAAGAUGAAGGUGAAGAGGGAGCGCGGGUGGACCGGAAACUCCUGGGGUGGCAUCAGCCUGGGCCCCCCUGACCCGGGUCCUAACGGAGAAACCUAUGAAGACUUUGAUUCUCGUGCGAUAGAGGUGAAGAAUGUCUUCAACAUGACAGCCAAAGAAGGUCGAAAGAGGGUGGUUAGCUGCCUGGUUGCCGUGGGAAACGGCAACGGGGCCGCAGGUUUCGCUGUGGGAAAAGCCGCAGAUCGGACAACAGCCUUGAGAAAAGCGAAGAACAGGGCUGUGCACUACCUGUACUUCAUUGAAAGAUACAACAGCCACACCAUUUACCAUGAUAUCAACUCAACCUUUAAGAGGACAACCCUGCGAAUGAAGAAACAAAAUAAAGGCUACGGCCUGCACUGCCACCGGGCCAUCAUCACCAUCUGCAAACUGAUUGGCAUCGAGGACAUGUAUGCCAAAGUGUCUGGCUCCACCAACCUGCUCAACAUUACCAGAGCGCUGUUCCAGGGGCUGGCCAAUCAGGAGACGCACAGCGACCUGGCGGAGAAGCAGAAGCUGCACGUCGUGGAGUUCCAGUCGGAGCGGGGGCCCCUCCCCCUGGUGGUGGCCUCCCCCUCGAGCGCUGUCCGCAAAACCCCCGAGCCCGAGGACGAGAUCCCCGACACCAAGCUGGACUGGGGCGAGGUGCGGGCCGCCCAGGGCAUGAAGCGCUCCGUCUGGGCCAACGUCAAGAGGACGGUCUGGUGAAGAGCGCCCCCCACUCUCCUGUAGAGCCACAACCCCCGCUGGCCCGAAACAGAACCAAAUGCACCCGAGCCCAGCUAUGAACCUUAAACAGAACCACAUCAGCCCAGCGACAGCUCUGACCCCAUAUCAGCCCAGUGCCAGUUCAGACCCUAAACAGAACCACAUCAGCCCAUUGACAGCACUGACCCUGAACAGAACCACGUCACCCCCAGGCCUGUAGUUGUAAGCUACGGCUGAAAGUCUGAACAAGUGGGGACCCAUGCUCAUUAACAAGAUUAAAGCAGAAUUAUUGAAAUGUUAAAAAUCACCCCUCCAGUAGAGCUGUGUAUUCUAUGUUAAACUCUCAAAGUGUACUACAGUUACACGAUCUAUUAAUAAUUGAAUAUCUUUAAGGAAAGGAAAGGCUAAUGGUGUGCUUGUGUGUGAGAGAGGGAGAGAGAGAGAGCGAGAGAGAGAGCGCAUGCACGUGUCUGCGUGUUUGUUUGUAUCCAGAGCAGUUGAUGUUUGGUCAGUGUUUAGGGUAAAUUGGCACCAUGGUUAUGGUUGGAAUUUCUGUUUUGAAUCCAGCAAGCUAACAAAUUAGGUCUCUAAUCCUGAUGUAAAAUGGCUGGUUGUAAAUACUGUAUUUGUGGAAAUCUUAGACACUGGCCAGGUGACCUUAUGGUUUGAGUGACAUCAUUUUGUUUGGUCUCUUCACAUUGAGGAAUGUUGGAUUAAAGUGUUAAAGUGGAAAAAAAAA